CCAAAACUCGGAAAGGAAAUCAACAAACCCAACAACUAUGACAGUUCUCUAGACCAAAAUAUACAAAUAUACAGCUCCUAUAUACAGAUAUAUAUAUAUAUGCUUCUAUUUUGCGCAUUCACGUAACGCAAAAUGAAGCUGUCAAUCCGCACGCUGGACCAGAAGACAAUCUCCCUGGAGCUGCAGGACGACAAACAGAAGGUCAUACAGCUGAAGCAACGGCUGGUCCAGUUGCCGGAGAUAACCCAGCCGGUGGAGAGCUUGCAGUUGAUCUAUGGCGGUCGCAUUAUGCAGGAUGAUCUGCCGCUGGCCGAUUACAACAUAAUGGAGGACAGGUUCAUAGUGCUAAUGACCAAAAAGAGCGCCAACGCUGCUGCUGCGCCGCACAAGCAGCAGGAGCAGGAGUCGGAGCGAAAGGAGAAACAGCAGCCAAAGCAGGAGCAGACAGUGCAUCCGGCGGAGCCGGCGCGACCUUCCGUUACGCCCGAUGAGCAGCGCGUGCGCGACCUAGUGCUCAUGGGUUACGAGGAGCAGGAUGUGCGUGCCGCUUUGCGCGCCAGCUUUAAUCAUCCGGAACGCGCUAUAGAGUACCUAAUCACGGGCAUACCCAGCAUGACAACAGCAAUCGACGGGACAACUAGCAUGGGCAACACCACCACCUCCGGGCCAGGUGAGGCGAGCGUGAUAAGCGAGACAGCCGAGCAUCUCAACUAUUUGGCAACCGAUCCGCGCUUUGCGCACGUUCGCGAUUUGAUACGCCAGAAUCCCGAACUGCUGGAGCUGGUGCUGACGCAUCUGCGGGAAAGCGAUCCGGCCGCCUUUGAGGCCAUACGCAGCAAUCAGGAGGAGUUUAUAUCCAUGCUGAACGAGCCGACGCCCCACUUGACGGGCUCGCUCAGCAACGAGGAAGAAGCCGCUGUGGAGCGUCUAAUGGCGCUGGGCUUUGAUCGUGACGUGGUUCUGCCCAUUUAUCUGGCUUGCGAUAAAAACGAGGAGCUCACUGCCGAUAUACUCUUCCGCCAGACCGACGAGGAGGACAACUAGCUCAACUGGCGGGCAUUUCUUUUGGUUAAUCAUUUGGAUGACACACACACAGGGUGUAAAGCAGAACUGGAUCGAACCUAGGAUUUCAAUUUGUGUUUUCUUUAUAUUCAACCGAAUUUUAAGCCACAGCAGUUGGUUUAAAAAUAGCCCCCAACCGUAGCGUAUUUGGUAGUAAAAAAUAUUUGAUUGCAAAUAUCUUUUUCAAA